GCCUCAAACAAUUUUGGACCCCGACCGCAGUUGAAGAGGGAGAGGGAGACUUGCAAUUAUCGUCCCACUGGCCAGCUGCUUCCCUGCCCGCUACGAACCCGUAUUUUCUCCUGUACGCACUGUUUAAUCGAUUAUUUGGUUCCGGUUUCCGGUUGCAGCUGUAUUACCCUCCGAAUGCAAGUGUCGUAUCGACGGUGAAAAGACCAAUCUGCUGGCGGCCAGCCAGUUAUCGCGCGGGGAGCACUACGCAAAAUAGUACAACGAAGACGCGGCAGAGACACGACAGCAUGGCGGACUAUCCCAACAUUGCGACUAUAUAUGCACCAGAUCGGGAAGCGUGCCUGGUACUGAACAAGACAAAGAUUCUCAUCAACCUGUACGAGGGUAUCCCGGAGACACUGCUUCUGAAUGUGAUUGCGUGGUUCUUCCUGAUACUGCUGUUCACGCUGCUGCGUCAACAGGCCUGGGAUUACGGGCGAUUGGCGCUGGUGAACAGUCAUGGCGAGAAUAAGCGCUGGACGCAACUGUUCUAUGCCCAUGGCAAUGUGCCAGGUGGAGGGAGCGGAGCAAACGAAACCUCCGACACGCUCAACAGUCUCAGCAUGGACCGUGGCUUCUUCUCGUGGAUUGUGGCCACCUUUCGGUUGACGAAGGAGCAAAUAUUGACACACAGUGGGCCGGAUGCGGUGCAUUAUCUAUCGUUUCAGCGCCACCUGAUGCUGGUGAUGGGCAUUAUGACGACCAUCUCGAUCGUGAUCAUCUUGCCGAUCAACUUCUCGGGCGCGCUGAGCGGCGACAAGAACUCGUUCGGUCACACAACCAUCUCGAACCUAGAACCGGACUCACCUGCCAUGUGGGCACACGUGCUGUUUGCGAUCGCGUACGUACCGAUGGUGAUGCUGAUCAUGCGACGUGCAUCCGGCCGUAAUGCCUUCAAGACGGCUCCAACGCGCACGAUCAUGGCGACCAACAUUUCCCAGGGAGACUGCAGUAAGACCGUCGUUCGGACGUACCUGCAGCAACUGUUCCCCGAUGUGACGAUCGAGGACAUCCAGCUGGCCUACAACAUAUCGAGCCUAAUAAAGGCAGCGGAAGAUUACGAGCGAACCGCAGAGGCACGGAUCUUUUGCGAAGGACACCGGACACGCGAUCCGAUCCUGGCGCAACCAUCCUUCUUUAACUGCGCCAAAGUCGAUGCCCUCGAGUACUACAAAGAGGUGGAAGCACGAUUAGCGGGUGAAGUGGCCCGGUUGAGGGCUUCCGCGUUGAACGAACCCCUUGGCAUCGCAUUCGUGACGCUCAAUUCAGCGCAUGAAGCUCAACACGUGCUGCUACAUUUCAAACCGGGCACAUACCGCGAGUGGAAUCUAUCGUUCGCACCGGCUCCGUUGGAUAUUUUUUGGGAAAACCUCAGCAUCGAUAGCGCCCAGUGGUACUGCAAGUGGGCGACGGUCAACUUUGCACUGUUCCUGUUCCUCUUCUUCCUCACCACGCCCGUCAUUAUCGUUAAUCAACUCGAUACGCUCGCACUGACGAAGAACACGACGACGCAAAUCAGCAAAAUUAGUCCGCUUAUAUCGGAGUUUCUGCCUACGCUGUUGUUGUGGUCACUGUCCGCCCUGAUGCCUGUGAUUGUCGCCUAUUCGGACACGUGGUUGUCGCACUGGACACGCUCCCGCCAAAACUAUCUCAUCAUGACGAAGACCUUCGGUUAUCUGCUGUUUAUGAUUCUGAUACUGCCGUCGCUCGGGCUAACGAGUGCUCAGGCACUGCUCCAGUGGACGAUAGAGUCGAACGAAACGUACCGCUGGGAUUGUAUCUUUUUGCCGGACAAAGGUGCCUUCUUCGUAAACUACAUCAUUACGGCGGCCUUCAUCGGUACGGCGCUUGAGCUGAUCCGCUUUCCCGAUCUGAUCUGCUACCUCUGGAAGCUGGCGACGGCCAAAUCUCGUGCGGAAACACCGUACAUUCGCAAAUCGAUCUUAAUUACGUUCCCGUUCGGCAUUCACUACGCGUGGAUGGUGAUGGUGUUCACGACCAGUACCGUGUACAGCCUUGCCUGUCCACUGAUCAUGCCGUUUGCGAUGGUCUACAUCACGCUGAAGCACUUUGUCGAUAAGCAUAAUCUGUUCUUCUCGUUUGCACCGUCUAACAUGAUUAGCCAGGGGAGCGGUGGUAAAAUACAUAGCACCGCCGUGACAAUGACUAAGUUCUCGGUGGUGCUGCUACUGGCCAUCAUGGCAGCUCUAGCGAUGGUGCGUACGGGUAAAAUUGAGUUGCGCGGUGUCGUGCUACUGUUAGCCCUUUGUCUUACACUCGCCAUGUUUGCCUGCAUGUCACCGAUCAAGCGAUGUACGACGAAGCCACUGCGCAUCGUCGAAACCGAUGGACCGGCACCGCUCUACGUGGCCGAUGUACUGAUCAAUCGGCGCAUGCUAUCGGACAGUCCGUCUCAUCUAAGCUACGGCUCCGAUACGACGAUGAACAUUGCAAUGAAUGA